AUGUGUCUUUACCAGACCUCUCAAGGGCCACCUCAGUCACUGCUGGCUCCUGCCAGGAGGGGGCGCCAGAGCCACACUGUGACUUGGAAGGCAGGGCAGGAGGUCCCUCAGGCUGGAGUUACCACCUUUCCCUGUUCCUGGACUCUGGGCUCCUUCUUCCCUCCACUGUGGCCCCGAGCGGUCCCCGCCGCCUGCCCAGCCCCCUGCCACUGCCAGGAGGACGGCAUCAUGCUGUCGGCCGAUUGCUCCGAGCUCGGGCUCUCCGCAGUGCCAGGGGACCUGGACCCCUUGACGGCUUACCUAGACCUCAGCAUGAACAACCUCACGGAACUGCAGCCUGGCCUCUUCCACCACCUGCGCUUCUUGGAGGAGCUGCGUCUCUCUGGGAACCAUCUCUCGCACAUUCCGGGGCAAGCAUUCUCUGGUCUCUACAGCCUGAAAAUCCUGAUGCUGCAGAACAACCAGCUGGGAGGGAUCCCCGCCGAGGCCCUGUGGGAGCUGCCGAGCCUGCAGUCUCUGCGCCUAGAUGCCAACCUCAUCUCCCUGGUCCCGGAGAGGAGCUUUGAGGGGCUGUCCUCCCUCCGCCACCUCUGGCUGGACGACAAUGCCCUCACGGAGAUCCCUGUCAGGGCCCUCAACAACCUCCCUGCCCUGCAGGCCAUGACCCUGGCCCUCAACCGCAUCAGCCACAUCCCCGACUACGCCUUCCAGAACCUCACCAGCCUUGUGGUGCUACAUCUGCAUAACAACCGCAUCCAGCACCUGGGGACCCACAGCUUUGAGGGGCUGCACAACCUGGAGACGCUAGACCUGAACUAUAAUGAGCUGCAGGAGUUCCCCAUGGCCAUCCGGACCCUGGGCAGACUGCAGGAACUGGGGUUCCAUAACAACAACAUCAAGGCAAUCCCAGAAAAGGCCUUCAUGGGGAACCCUCUGCUGCAGACAAUACACUUUUAUGAUAACCCAAUCCAGUUCGUGGGAAGGUCAGCGUUCCAGGACCUGCCGAAACUGCACACACUAUCCCUCAAUGGUGCCACGGACAUCCGGGAGUUCCCAGAUCUCAAGGGCACCACCAGCCUGGAGAUCCUGACCCUGACCCGCGCAGGCAUCCGGCUGCUCCCACCAGGGAUGUGCCAACAGCUGCCCAGGCUCCGAGUCCUGGAACUGUCUCAUAAUCAGAUCGAGGAGCUGCCAAAUCUGCACAGGUGUCAGAAGCUGGAGGAGAUUGGCCUCCAGCACAACCGCAUCUGGGAGAUCGGAGCUGACACCUUCAGCCAGCUGAGCUCCCUGCAAGCCUUGGACCUAAGCUGGAACAGCAUCCGGUCAAUCCACCCUGAAGCAUUCUCAACCCUGCGUUCCCUGGUCAAGUUGGACCUGACGGAUAACGAGCUGACCACCUUGCCCCUGGCUGGACUUGGUGGCCUGAUGCACCUGAAGCUCAAAGGAAACCUGGCUCUAUCUCAGGUCUUCUCCAAGGACAGUUUCCCAAAACUGAGAAUCCUGGAGGUGCCCUUCGCCUACCAGUGUUGUGCCUACGGUGUGUGUGCUGGCUUCUUCAAGGCCUCCAGGCAGUGGGAGGCGGAGAACUUCCACCGUGAUGAGGAAGAGGCCCCGAAGAGGCCGCUGGGCCUCCUGGCUGGACCUGCAGAGAGCCACUAUGACCUGGACCUGGAGGAACUCCAGCUGGAGAUGGAGGAUUCAAGGCCACAGCCCAGUGUCCAGUGUAGCCCCGUUCCAGGUCCCUUCAAGCCCUGCGAGCACCUCUUUGAGAGCUGGGGCAUCCGCCUGGCCGUGUGGGCUAUCGUGCUGCUGUCCGUGCUCUGUAACGGGCUGGUGCUGCUCACUGUGUUUGCCGGAGGGUCUGGCCCCCUGCCCCCAGUCAAGUUUGUGGUAGGUGCAAUUGCAGGUGCCAACACGUUGACUGGCAUUUCCUGCGGUCUUCUAGCCUCAGUUGACGCCUUGACCUUUGGCCAGUUCGCCGAGUAUGGAGCCCGCUGGGAGAUGGGGCUGGGCUGCCAGGCCACCGGCUUCCUGGCUGUCCUUGGGUCGGAGGCCUCGGUGUUGCUGCUGACCCUGGCUGCGGUGCAGUGCAGCGUGUCUGUGUCCUGUGUCCGGGCGUACGGGAAAGCCCCCUCCCUGGGCAGUGUUCGAGCCGGGGCCCUGGGCUGUCUGACGCUGGCUGGUGUGGCCGCGGCCCUGCCCCUUGCCUCAGUGGGAGAGUAUGGGGCCUCCCCACUCUGCCUGCCCUAUGCCCCACCCGAGGGCCAGCCAGCUGCCCUGGGCUUCGCCGUGGCCCUCGUGAUGAUGAACUCCUUCUGCUUCCUGGUGGUGGCCGGUGCCUACAUCAAACUCUACUGUGACCUGCCCAGAGGUGACUUUGAAGCUGUAUGGGACUGCACCAUGGUGAGGCACGUGGCUUGGCUCAUCUUCGCAGAUGGGCUCCUCUACUGUCCCGUGGCCUUCCUCAGCCUCGCCUCCAUGCUGGGCCUGUUCCCCGUCACCCCUGAGGCCGUCAAGUCGGUCCUGCUCGUGGUACUGCCCCUGCCUGCCUGCCUCAACCCCCUGCUCUACCUGCUCUUCAACCCUCACUUCCGAGAUGACCUGCGGCGGCUGUGGCCCCGUGCUGGCCCCGGGCCCCUGGCCUACGCUGCUGCUGGUGAGCUGGAGAAGAGCUCCUGCGACUCCACCCAGGCCCUGGUGGCCUUCUCUGAUGUGGAUCUCAUUCUGGAAGCGUCGGAGGCUGGGCGGCCCCCUGGGCUAGAGACCUAUGGCUUCCCCUCUCUGACCCUCAUCUCCUGUCAGCAGCCAGGGGCCCCCAGGCUGGAGGGCAGCCAUUUUGUAGAGCCAGAGGGGACCCACUUUGGGAACCCUCAAUCCUCGGUGGAUGGAGAACUGCUGCUGAGGGCAGAGGGAGCAGACGGGGGUGCCUUGGUGGGCGGGGGCUUCCGGCCCUCCGGCUCAGCCUUUGCCUCGCACUUAUAAAUGUCCCUCUCCAUUCUUCUCUUCCAACCUCUUCCUUUCCCUCCCUACCCACUCCAUGAACAAUGGCUGCUUACGAAGUAAAUACAACCAAAAUUCAACAGCGGGGAGCACAGCAGAACCGCGCCAUUCUGGCCCCACUGCAACCAUUGCCAGGGAGCGUUUCUUGGCCUGCUUUGUUCUUGGCCUUCCUCAACUUCACCUCCAUGUGGGGCCUGUUCCCUGCCAGACGCUGUAGCUCAGAGACAUUUAUCUGCUUAAGGGAAACAAGAGCAGUAAAAGACAGUGAAGGGGGUCGGGGGAUGAGCAGGCCCUGCCUCAGACCUCACCAAGAAAGGCCUGAAAGGGGACUGCCGAAGGUGUUCCGACUUCUCCCCUGUGACUCAUGGAAAGGAUACAAGAUAUGUUCUGUGUCCCAUUAACCUUGACAUAUGCCAUGCGAAAGACCUGCUGUUAAAGUAAGUUUGGGAGCAGUUAUACCGUAGGCCUCUUCCUUAGCGAUUCCCACGCAUGCCAGCGUCAUGAAGGCCCUGCAAAUCCAUGCCGCAGUGACCUCGGCUGAACUUUGUUUAAACUAGCUCCUCAAAUUAUUUGACAAGUCUUUGCUUGUUUGGCUUUCGUGAAAUAUGAGGGGUCUUCAAAAAGUCCAUGUAAAGUACAUAUUAUGAAAAACAAUGCAUGGAU